AUGCAUUCCACCACAGCAUCUCUCGUCCUCUCGGCGGCGGCACUGGCGGCUGCGAAGUACACCUUCGACCCUCUGAAGCACAUGUCCGGCAUCGCUCCCUACUUUGAGCCCCACGACCCGACAAGCAACUUCGACCCUGCGCCGCCUCAAGGCUGCAACGUCACGCGCGCCGCCUACCUCGUCCGCCACGCUGCCAUCUAUGCCAACGACUUUGACUACGAGUCCUACAUCGAGCCCUUUGUCAAGAAGCUCGAGGCAAGCCAGGGAAACAGCUCCAUCAACUGGGACCGCUCGCACGCCCUGUCCUUCCUGACCACCUGGACAAGCCCCAUCGAAGAUGAAGAUAUUGAAAAGUUGUCCAAGGUCGGCAACCUGGAAGCCAUGAAGCUGGGCGUCGACGUCUACGAGCGCUACCAACACUUCAAGCAACCAAAGAAGGUUUGGACCAGCUCUGCCGAGCGCACUGUUCUCAGCGCCGAGAGCUUUGUCGAGGGCCUUGCCAUCAAGGAGAACGAGACGGAGAUCGUCCAGAUUGGCGAGUACAAGAAGACUGGCGCAGACUCGUUGACCCCUUACAAGGCCUGCCCUGCCUACUCUGGCAGCAGAGGAAGCGACCAGUCCAUGGUCUUCCAGAAGAAGUACACGGCCCCCAUCAUCUCGCGUUUCCGCCAUGAGGUUCCCACCUUCAACUGGACCGCCUCGGACAUUUACGGCAUGCAGCAGCUGUGCGGCUACGAGACUGUCAUCCGUGGCGACUCGCCCUUCUGUUCUCUGGACCUGUUCAGCCCCAACGAGUGGCUCCAGUUCGAGUACACCAACGACAUCAUGUACCACCACAACACUGGUUACGGCAACCCUGCUUCUGGUGCCCUCGGUUACCCUUGGGUCAAGUCCUCGACCGACCUCUUGACUGCGCAGAACGCUAGCCAGGACAUUUACGUUUCCUUCACUCACAGAGAACUUCCUCCUACCGUCAUUGUCGCCCUCGGUCUCUUCAACAACACUGCCUACUCUGCCUCUGACGAUGUCAACGCCACCAUGCCAUCUGAUGGAAUCAACCCCAACCGUGUCUGGCAAAGCAGCAAGUUCAUGUCCUUCUUGACAAACAUUGCCAUCGAGCGCAUGGAAUGCGACAGCUUUGGCUUCCAAGACAACGCCAACCAGACUGGCGAGUACUACCGCAUCUUGGUCAACAAGAACCCUCAGCUCUUGCAGGAGUGCACCGACGGCCCUGGUAUGAGCUGUUCGAGAGAAGCCUUCCAAAAGUUCAUUGAUGAGAAGACCCAGAGAUUCUCAAACUUUUCGGAGGAGUGCGGUGUCACUUACAGCAACUCGACUGAUGCUCUGACCAUCUACAACUCUUAA